AUAAAAGCGCUGCCCUCGCUCAGUGCUGGCAUCCGCCGCUCCUGCCUCGCUCUGCUCAGGAAAAGGGCUCAGCUCUCUCCAACAAAGAUGUCUUGCUACGACCUGUGCCCACCAAAAACCAGUGUCGCCGCCCCGCAGCAGGUCGCCGUCCCGCAGCCCAUCGCCGAGAGCUGCAACGAGCUGUGCGCCCGCCAGUGCCCUGACUCCACGGCCUUCAUCCAGCCGCCCCCCGUCGUCGUCACCUUUCCCGGCCCCAUCCUCAGCUCCUUCCCCCAGCAAGCCGUGGUGGGCUCCUCCGGAGCACCCGCCUUUGGGGGCUCCCUGGGGCUGGGGGGCCUCUACGGUGCCGGGGCCACGCAGGGCUCGGGGGGCCUCUGCACCUUUGGCAGACCCUACGCUUCUCCCGCCUGCAGCCCUUGUGUCUUGCCCCGCUACACCAGGAAGCUGUGGGACACCUGUGGGCCCUGCUAGACCCUGACCCAAAGCCCCUGGCACAGCCCUUGGGACACUCAGACUCACUCCUCACCCCUUUCUCCCCUCCUUACCCUCUCUCCAUGACCCUCCUCCUCCUCCUUACUCCCGACC